AAUUUAUUUCAAAUAUUUCGAGCAAGUAUAUAAUUAUAAUCGUAUUCCACGAGUGGUUCUGAAAUCCCGUAUACGUAGACUCUACACCCACGCCAUGUUGAGUAGCCCUAUCGUCAUACUAUUCGCCACCGGCGCCGUGAUCAGGAGUACAAACGAUGAGAUUAGAAUGUUUCAUAGCACGCGGGAAUCUAUUGCUAAAAUGGGGAUGACAUUUGCUAAUGCAUUUACCGAUCGCAGGUCUAGAAUGUCACCAGUGCAGUUAUACCAAAGAUUUCAGCAAUUCUUGCCGAAAAACAUUUACAUACUUGUCGAAGUUUGGGGGGUGUUCCGGUGAAACGGAGUUCUGCCAAGUGGCGAUGGGCCUCAUACCCGAGCCUGACCAGUUUUCCGGCUAAAUGGGAAAGAGCUUCGCGUGCGCGGACAGAAUUGGGUUUUUUUGCUGGAUUUGUAACAUGGCGCUUUAAUUAACUGUUGGCACGUUACGUACAGAUCACGUGAUGGGUCGCAGGUGCGCCUGGACGGAUACGGGAUCAAAAAUGAAAAACGAGGCUUUAUGGGCGAAUCGGCCCCCCGGGGAUCUAUAGCCUGCGAAGAGAUUCCCUUCCGCCAUAUUAAUCGCCACCUGCGCCAUGAUCCGGCGUACGAACGCGACCCCCAAAACACCUGCAAAUUGCCGGGACGCGGAAACGGCACGCAACUACUGCAGUGUCCCGAUGAGACAGGAUUCUGCCUGUUGGGAAUCUUCCUCGCACCCGACUUUAACCUGAUUACCGAUGAAAAAGCUCACCUGAUGGGUCGGAAUUGCGCCCGGUCGGAUCGAGAUACACAAAUGUUAUGGGAGAAUCGGACGCCCGGUGAUCUGCUUGCCUGUGAUAAGGCAGCCCUCCGAAAGGGACUUUUCCACAGUCAUCCAUGGAUAACAUUCCGCUGUGUGUGCCGGCAUGAUAAUUGCAACAACCAGACGCUGACCGGCAUACUGGCGCAUUAUGUACACCAGGAGACCAUGAGGCUGUUGCGCUAAGCGCGGAGUUUGUUAGCUCCUUCACCGAUCUAGAGCCGCUGCGUGGGGCCGUCCCGAAAGAGUGCUGGUGAGGGUACCGAGCACGCCGUCUGUGUUAACAUUUGAACCAAAAUAAUGACAAUUUUUCUGCUUCUUGCGGCUGUUUCCGCAUGGUUAACUUGUGUAAGCAGCCUAUAUACGCGGUGAAGUAAAUUGAACGAUUAUCCAUUAGAAAGCUUCAAAAAUGCAGUUAUGAUACAGCAGAAAACACA